CUGGUACCGCUGCAAAUGGCGAGCGAGACAGCCCGCGCGCCGGCGCCCGUCGAACCCAACGGGGCUUGCAACUGGCGCUGCGCUGAGCACAGCGAACGCCCGGCUGAGCUCUUCUGUCGCCGCUGCGGCCGUUGCGUGUGCGCGCUGUGCCCCGUGCUGGGUGCCCACCGCGGCCACCCCGUGGGCCUGGCUCAGGAGGAGGCUGCGAGCGUGCAGAAACGCAUCCAGGACUGUUUAGAGUGUUUGGCGACCAAGAAGCGCCAGCAUGCUGACAACAUAGCCCACUUGGAGGACACCGGGGAAAGGCUCCAGGCUUAUGCAGACUCAAGUAAAGCCUGGCUGACACAGAAGUUCACAGAACUCAGAUUACUCCUGGAUGAAGAGGAAGUACUCGCCAAAAAGUUCAUCGAUAAGAACACAGAGCGCACCCUCCAGGUGUACAGAGAGCAAGCCGAGUCUUGCAGGGAGCAGAUUGGGGUCAUGGAUGAUUUCUCUACCAGGGUGUGGGUAACCAGCCUGGAGCCCAACCCCGUCCAGCUGCUGCAGGCAUACAUAGCCACUAAGCCGGACAUGGAGCAGCACAUGCGCCCCUCGGAGCUGAGCCACCCUGUGCCCCUGUCCUUCGAGCCCGUCAAGAACUUCUUUAAGACAUUUAUGGAAGCCAUCCGGGACACUUUACAGACACCAAUGGACACUCGCCUGAAGGAAAACAUAAACUGCCAGCUAUCUGGCCCCUCCAGCUCCAAGCCAGGCGCCUUGCUGAAAACCAGCCCUUCACCCGAGCGGUCACUCUUCUUGAAAUACGCCCGCACGCCCACGCUGGACCCGGACACCAUGCACACCCGCCUGCGCCUGUCGACGGACGGGCUGACCGUGCGCUGCGCGCUGCUGGGCCGCCUGGGGCCGCGCCCCGCGCCCCGCUUCGACGCUCUGCGCCAGGUGCUGGGCCGCGACGGCUUCGCGGCCGGACGCCACUACUGGGAGGUGGACGUGCAGGAGGCGGGCGUGGGCUGGUGGGUGGGCGCGGCCUACCCGUCGCUGCGGCGCCACGGGGCCUCCGCCGCCGCCCGCCUGGGCUGCAACCGCGAGUCGUGGUGCGUGAAGCGCUACGACCUGGAGUACUGGGCCUUCCACGACUGCCAGCGAAGCCGCCUGCGGCCCCGCCGCGACCCCCACCGGCUCGGCGUCUUCCUGGACUACGAAGCCGGCGUUCUGGCCUUCUACGAUGUGUCGGGUGGCAUGAGCCACCUGCACACCUUCCAUGCCUCCUUCCAGGAGCCGCUCUACCCGGCCCUGCGCCUCUGGGAGGGGGCCAUCAGCAUCCCCCGGCUGCCCUAGGCGAGCGCGCUUCCUUUCCUGGGCUGGGCGACAGGCUCUGCCCACGCAGCCGCGCGCCACCUGUGUCUGCGACACCACGCAGCGCCUAGAACCACCCGGCACACAGUAGGCACACAGUAAGUGAACGUUUCCCGGCGGAGGCACUUCAUCUCCUUAAAGGUCCCCAUUUGAGCCAUCUGCUCUCUACCUCAUGUCGUGGUCACCUCGAUCCAGAGCACCCGCUCUGCGUCCUCCCCCCUCAUCUUCUACACUAAAGCCAGGGUGAGCCGCCCGGAACUUAGCGCAGCUCGGCCUCUCGGAAUUAGGAGGUUCUCAAAGAGGUACCAGAGCAAGCUGGCCUAGGUUCAUUUCUCACCUGCUCUAUCGUGCUUUGCCGGCCCGACCUCGCACAACUGCGGUGCGUCUUUUCAAACACUGUCCGUUCAGAAGCUGGGUCGCAGUUUCGCAUCUUUAGACCGUUGUGCUCCCCAGCAUAAAUAGGAAAACCAUCUCUUUACCUGUCUCACCCCUCGGGCUUAUCUGCCCCAAGAAGCGCCCCCCGGCAAACUACGAGGCCUGCAAAUACAGGACCUGUCAUUUCGGCUGCUUUCUAAGGACAUGUGUCCUUUCCUCCGUAAAGUGGCUUAGAAAGUACCCUUCCAGGCAACCACCGAGCGAGUAGCCUGCUCCUCACAGAAGGGAAAACUAUUGAGAAUGGCUCAAAGGUUGAUUUGAUGGGACAGAGCAAACCCGGGAGAUGUAUGCUUGAGAUACUACAUCUCUUCAUUCAAAAAGACCAAGAGCUUUCCCACCCGCACCACCGCAGGGGCAGUCACACAACUUGAUCCUCCGAGGUGACAAGUGAUCCCACUGUCCAGUCUUGGAGCCAGCUGACUGCCCGAGAUAAUGGAACCCGAGCUGCAGUCAGGCCUCUGCUCCCGCCAGGCUGCGCUAUGGAUCCCACAGAAGGAGCUGCCUCCCUUUGUUGUUUUUCAUCUACUUUCUUGGGCCAAACCUUCCUCUAGAGGUCUCUGGAACAGGUUUCAUGCCCUUCACGGUGGGGUGGAAUUGUUUGGAGAGUCUGUGUUUUGAGUAUAAAGCAUUAAGACUGCU